AGGGAUCAUGUCACCCAUCUCCGCCCUACAACAACCAACAAGGUAACAGAAACGGAAUUGAAUUAGUGAAGAUAAGGAACCAGACUCAUAUUUCACUUCAACCCCAACCACAAUGCCGAUAAGAGCCAUGGUUUUUGACAGAAAGAGUAUUGCCUCAAUAGCUAAAAGUAAUAGCAAGAAGAUGUCGAGGCACAGAAAGGGAAAGAUGGAGCAUUCUGAAGAUUCUGCUGCUGUUGUUGCUGUCAAAAACAAGAUGACUGAUGAUUCGAGUUGGGCACAAUGUGAAGAUGAAGACUACAUUGUCUUCUGUUUCAGAGAAGAUGGAGCAUUUGAUGUUAUGAAGAAUCGGAAUUCAGAUGCUUCCAAUUACAUUGAUUUGGUUUCAGCAACUUCAAGACCAGUUAGUCGGAAGCUUAAUUAUGGUGAACAUGAUAAAGCAGUCAAGAGAUGCAAUAAUGAAAAGAGGAUAAAUGGAGGUACACCUGAUACUUACUACACAAAAGAUGGAGAUCACAUUAUAUCACCUCAAAAGGAUAAGGAGGGAGAAAAACUGGAGGAUACUUGCAUGGAUAAAGAAUCAGGUAUGGGUAAGAACAGAAUGGGAAAUCACAAAGAGGUGAUCAAUGGCGAUCCGAUCGUGGCAGUGCCGACUGAAUCAAGCGAUUCUAACCAUUCAGAUGUCAGCAAUGGCUCCUUCGCCUUUCCUGUGCUAGGAUUGGAGUGGAGUGGAAGUCCUGUGCAAAUGCCAAAAUCAGAAGGCUUGCAGCUUAGAAAGCACAAGGCACGGUGUGUAGGAUUCCAGUGUUGUAAAUUCUGAAACACAAACUCAAAUUAGGAUUUCAUUUAUACCUGU